GCAGGGGGAGGAUAUUUGGGGACGGGGGGGAGGGCUGCUGAGCGCUGGAGAGACGGGGGGCUCCACACUGACGAAAUCUCCGUGUCAAUGAGCCGGCUCGGGUGAAUUGUGGGCGCACAGCAUCGGCCGGGACACCCAGAAGUGAUCGGCAGUGACCCGGAACCCGCCCGGUGCCCGGGGCGUGUGUCAGGCCUCUCCCGCCGGCCCGGGGUCCUUGCCCGCUCCCACGGCAGGAUGGCCGAGCCACGCUUUAACAAUCCUUAUUUUUGGCCUCCACCUCCAGCGAUGCCCAGCCAGCUGGAUAAUCUGGUGUUAAUCAAUAAAAUCAAGGAGCAGCUGAUGGCAGAGAAAAUCCGACCUCAUCAUCUGCCUCCCACCUCCGUCCCCUCGCAGCAGCCCCUGCUCAUCCCCCAGUCACCUGCUGAGACCAGCCAGUCCGUCAUGUCCCUGCAAAAGCUACAGCACAUUCCAGGACUGCACCCGCAAGCUGUACCCCAGCCAGAUGUGGCGCUGCAUGCCCGGCCUGCCACCAGCUCAGUCACAGCGUUGUCUUCGCUUUUAGGGCUGGGUCUUUCAUCCUCCCGCUCAAAUAUCAGCACGUCAGAGUCUAGCACCGGUACCAGCGGCACCCUCUCCACCCCCACCUCCAACAGUCAGACUCGGCUCAUUGCAACCUCCCCCACCCUCAUCUCAGGAAUCACGGGUGGACCCAUGCUGGAUUCCAUCAAGACCAUCCAGGGCCACGGCCUGCUGGGACCAACCAAACCUGAGAGAGGACGCAAGAAAAUCAAGGCAGAGAACCCGCCCGGACCGCCCGUGCUCGUCGUCCCCUACCCUAUUCUGGCCUCAGGAGAUAUUGGAAAAGAGGGAAAAACUUACAGGUGUAAAAUUUGCCCCUUGACCUUCUUCACCAAGUCUGAGAUGCAGAUUCACUCCAAGUCUCACACUGAGGCCAAACCUCACAAGUGCCCGCACUGCUCCAAAUCGUUUGCCAAUGCUUCAUACCUAGCACAGCAUCUGCGCAUCCAUCUGGGCGUGAAGCCCUAUCACUGCUCGUACUGUGAGAAGUCCUUCCGCCAGCUCUCUCAUCUCCAGCAGCACACCAGGAUUCACACUGGGGACCGGCCUUACAAGUGCCCGCAGCCUGCCUGUGAAAAGGCCUUCACACAACUCUCCAACCUGCAGUCUCACCAGCGGCAGCACAACAAAGACAAACCCUACAAGUGUCCAAACUGCUACCGGGCGUACACAGACUCUGCUUCCCUCCAGAUCCACCUCUCAGCCCAUGCCGUGAAACACGCCAAGGCAUACUGCUGCAGUAUGUGCGGGAGAGCGUACACAUCGGAGACCUAUCUGAUGAAACAUAUGUCCAAGCACACAGUGGUCGAGCACCUGGUCAACCACCAUUCUCCUCAGAGGACCGACUCUCCUGGCAUUCCAGUUCGAAUUUCCCUGAUAUAGAGAACGUGCAGCCCAAGAGAGGGUGACCAGAAAGCAGCGGCUGACCGAGCUACCCUCCAUUAGACACCUGCCCCGGACAUCAAUUCCAGACUGAAGCUCCGGAGCUGGUGCAGGUGCGUCUGGCUUAUUUCUGUCAUCAGCUGCUUGAGGACUCCUUUCACGGCCUCUUGACACAGACAGACUUUACCUCUGGAUUAUUGCAUUCUUCUCACUGGUCGCCCUUCUAUGUGUCAUACUAGAGACGAGCCGGAGGUUACUCUGGAGCCACAGAACCUCUGAUGGAGCCGCCUGUUGGGAUGGCUCUGGAAUGGCUGAAUUUUGCAGUCCUGCGCUGUUAUCCGAUCUAAGUCUCCAUGCUCAUCGAUUCGGUGACGUCCGGAGUCCCUAGCCGAGCACUUUGAAUCUCUCACGUUUUAUAUCUGUUUAUGUUUCUUUUUUAUCCUCCAUUUUUUACAUAUAAAAAAAAAAAUAAUAAUAAAAAAAAUCCUAUUUAUUGGCCAAGAAUCUGUGCUGCUAAUCGGGGAAAUGAGACUUAGCGGAGUCUGCAGAGGGUGGAGGUGCAGAGCGGCAACUUAGCAAUUUUGUUUAUACCCAGCUCCCCUACAACCUGUGCUGAACCCUCCGGGAACCGCGCUGCUCGGCCCGGAUAUAUCUUCUGGUUUAGCUCGCUCUGGACGCGGCGGGGAGUAGAACAAGGUUCAGGUUCGUGUCGUUGGGUACCGGGACAGAUAACACCUUUGGCUUCAGGUCAUGCACAGUAUUAGAUCUGAUUCUGGGUAUUAUGGCGCCCAGAUGUUGUGACAGUCGACCCUGUUACUUUAACCAUUUCACCGUUGUGUCAUCAGUAACCAUUCCACAGGAGAACACGGGCAAUAAAGGCUCCCAUAAUGCACCAGUGCACCCAGUUCAUAUUGCAAGCAGUGUGCAAUGGGGAAUGCAGCUGGAAAUCUGAAGAAUAAGCCACUGGGGGUCCGGUGCUGUAUUCUUCAUGCCUUCUUGUCUGGCCUCGUACAGCGCAGUUGCAGUGACAUUUAGUGCGCUGCAGUUUGGCGUAAUAAAUGCAGUAGUUCUAUAUGAGCCCAGACGGACGGCUUCAUCACCUCAGAGGUAUGUAGGACUGCAGGGUGGUUGUCAUAUUCUGUCCCUACCAUGAGGAGGCGCUGCAGAUACGCGCUGUGUAGUGUUACACGUUUCUGAUGCCGGUGUCGUGCGCUCCUCUACGCUCUGUGUGAUGCUUGCGGGUUCUGCUCUAGGAUUAGAGGAAUAUGGAGAGGGCUCAUCAGUGAUUACUGAGGCCUUGAGGUCAGGCCUGGCACUUAGCAAUAUGUCUCUGUUAGCUGUUGGGGGGCACUUACCUCUAAGGCUCUUUACUCAGGACUCUUGUUGCUGAUUCUGUUCCAGGUACGCCCCGUGUCUUGGGUUAAUGGUGCACUGAACAUACAGAGGUCAGUGCUUGGCACAUAUAGUGGUUUACUGUAGUUGGCAUCAGAGAGAUGGGCAGAGGAACGGGCAGCCAUGCUAUGUGCACCAUUCAUCUCAUCUGGAGCUGGUUUUCUGCAGUGCCGUGGUGCCUGGAGUAGAGAUGUGCAGCUGUCGACAUGGCAGCAUGUCAGUUGGUGUUCUGUGGCUUCUUGGAGAGGGAGGGUUUAGGUUGUGCGGGCUCGGGGUCCAUUGCUUGCGAUGAUACACCUGAGCUCUGAGGCUUAGGGUCCAUUGCUUGCGAUGAUACACCUGAGC